GAGGAGCAUGGGGAGCAGGAGGGAGAGGAACGUCCCAAAUACAGGCCGAUGCAUUCCCAGCUGGGGGCUCCAAAAAUCCCAGAGGGAGAGAGAGUGGACUUUGAUGACAUUCACAGGAAGCGUAUGGAGAAGGACCUGCUGGAAUUGCAAACCCUGAUAGAUGUUCAUUUUGAACAACGGAAGAAAGAAGAGGAAGAACUGAUUGGACUGAAAGAAAGAAUUGAGAAUCGCAGGGCAGAGCGGGCAGAACAGCAGCGUGUGAGAGCGGAGAAAGAGAGAGACAGACAGACCAGAAUCGCAGAGGAGCGACAGAGGAAAGAGGAAGAGGAGUUGAAAAAGCGAGCUGAUGAUGAGGCGAAGAAGAAGAAGGUUCUCUCUAACAUGGGGGCACACUUUGGGGGCUACCUUGUAAAGGCAGAGCAGAGGAGAGGUGGGAAGAGACAAACAGGGAGAGAGAUUAAGAAGAAAACUUUAGCAGAGAGACGCAAACCUCUUGCCAUUGACAACCUCAGGGAGGAUGGGCUCAGAGAGCGUGCUAAAGAGAUGUGGGAGUGGGUUUAUCAGUUGGAGUCAGAGAAGUUUGACCUGAUAGAGAAAAUGAAUAGACAGAAAUAUGAGAUAAACGUCCUCCUGAAUCGCAUCUCUCAUGCUCAGAAAUUCAAAAAAGGAACUGGAAAAGGAAAGGUUGGAGGUCGUUGGAAGUAG